UCCCAUAUGACGUACCUCAUCAGGUACCAACCCAUGACAAGGCAGGACUGGUCCAGGCCGAAGCCACGGCCGAUGGGGUACCAGUGAACGACCUUGAGGAGGGGGAUAAACGAGAUGUGAGAAGCGGGAUAUCUGGGGCCAGUCUGAACACCACCAACAGUAUCCUAGGAUCCGGAAUCAUUGGAUGUUCUGUUGUUAUUAUGGGUAUUCCAUAUGCGUUUAUGAAAGCAGGCCUUCCUCUUGGUCUCAUUCUUCUAGUGGUCAUUUGUGGCAUUACAGAUUAUUCUCUUCGGCUUAUGAUAACUAUUGGAGAGCUUACCGGAACAAAAACCUAUGCAGAAAUGACAGAAUCAGCAUUGGGAAUACCAGGCUAUUAUGCCCUUUCUGUUGUUCAAUUUGUCUACCCAUUUAUAGCUAUGAUUGGAUAUAACAUCAUUAUAGGAGAUACUAUCACUAAGGUCUUUGCAAGCAUUCUUGCAGAAACAAAUGUUCUUGCCAACCGCUAUUUUGUGAUCAGCAUUGUUACUGUUUUGUUCAACCUUCCUGUCUCACUCUACAAAAAUGUAACAAAAUUAGUCAAGAUUGCUGUAGUUUCACUUGUAUUACUUGUCUUUAUAAUGAUCAUUGUCAUCGUUAGAUUGGCAACAAUGGAUGUACCCCAUACAGAAGGUGCCUGGGCAUUUGGAAAACCUACAUUCUUUGAGAGCAUAGGAAUCAUCAUGUUUGCUUUUAUCUGUCAGCACAAUUCCUUCUUGGUUUAUGAUUCUUUGGAGCAAGCGACUAGUAGUAGAUGGGCAAAGGUUACACACAUAUCUGUCUUUGGUGCUGGUAUAAUGUGUGCCGUCAUUGGUAUAUGUGGUUAUGUAACAUUCACCGGCCAUACACAAGGUGAUUUACUCGAGAAUUACUGCUAUAACGAUGUCUUGGUCAACAUAGCAAGGGUGUUCUUUGCUGUAACGAUCAUGUGCACCUUCCCACUAGAAUGUUUCGUAUGCAGAGAGGUUAGUGGAAGACCCCAGGGGGGGGAGGGCACUUCCUUUGACGAGUUGAUACCAUGCGUGAAAAUGGGGUUUCGAAAAGCACUCUAA